AUGGUUGUUGGUUGCGCCUACAUACCUCCUAACCGGCCCAGCACAGACUAUUUGGACUUUUGUCAAACUGCUGAUCAGCUUUUUGGUUUUCGCAAUGACUCUGUGGAUCAGAUAUUGCUUAUGGGGGACUUUAACCUACCACAUACGGACUGGCAUGGGGGACGGAGGGGUGUUGGUGACUCUUCGCGUUUUGUUAUGGACCUUGCAAGCUCCUACGAUCUCAAACAGUACAACAGUGUGCCGAACUUUCGAGGGGUCGUCCUUGACCUUGUUUUUUCAUCCAAUCCUGUAACUGUGGUAACUCCUGCCUCAGACUUACUAUUGCCAGAGGAUAGACAUCAUCCAGCCCUUGAUAUUGUAAUCAGUGUCAAGCAAUCUGCCCAUCUCAAAAACGUCAAAUAUAUUCCUGACUUUCGAAACUGCGACUUAGUUGAGAUUUUUAGGUUGUUGCAGGGUGUUGACUUGCCCAUCGACUGUGCCUUGUGUGAUGCGGAACAGAUGUUUAAUGCCUUUUGUGACCAGUUGUCCUCUGCUGUAUCUCGCAACACCCCUAUAAAGAGGAUUGAAAGCUCAAAGUUUCCUAAAUGGUUCACAAAUGAGCUCAAGAAUUUGGUUAUAAAUAAAAAAACUGCCCACAGGAAGUUCAAAAUGACCGGCGAUCCCUUUUAUCUUGAGUGCUUCCGAAAAUUGCGAAGGGAAUGCAAAAUAAAAACUUCUGACUGCUACCGAGUUUACAUUGGCAAGGUUGAGGAAGGUAUACCCCACAAUAUUAAAUCCUUCUGGUCGCAUGUGCAGGACCUCAAGAGUUCCAGUGCGCUGCCUGCAAUGCAUCUGAAUGGCAAUACAGCUGAUGAUCCAACUGAGAAGUGCAAUCUUUUUGCUCGGCAUUUUUCUUCUGUGUUUUGCGACACUGACAUCGCUGUGCCUCACUUCGACUUCGGAUGGAAUGAUUCACUCUCUUCAAUAGUGCUAUCUGCUACCGAUGUCCAAGCUAAGCUCGAGGUUCUUGAUCCGUUUAAGAGUGCUGGCCCUGAUGGCAUUCCUCCUUGUGUACUGAGAUUUUGUGCUCCUGUUCUUGCCUCGCAUUUGGCGGUGUUGUUUAAUCUGCUACUGGCCUCUGGAACUUUUCCCUCAGUGCUGAGGCGGGGAUUCGUGGUCCCAAUCUUCAAGUCAGGAGACUGUUGCAACAUAACUAACUUUAGACCUAUUGUUAUUCAGUCUGCUCUGGCGAAAGUCUUUGAGGCACUGGUCCUGGACCAUCUUUACUUCUAUCUAAGAAAGUUUAUAUCCGAUAGUCAGCAUGGUUUUCUUCGCAAUCGAUCUACAAUCACUAAUUUGCUUGUCUUUCAGGAGUAUGUUAUGGCUGCCUUUGUUGACUCAUGUCAGGUGGAUUGUAUCUACUUGGAUUGCUCUAAGGCAUUUGACAGGGUGCACCACGGACUGUUGAUUGCGUAG